CCAGACUGGACAACUUUUUCUCGGGAAAGAAAUUGAACUCCACUGGGGGGAGUGCGGGCAGGGGCCCGGGUAGGACGACGACGACAACAAGAGUACGCAAACUGCAUCUCACGACGAGGUGCCCAAUGCAUUGCUGCCUGAUUGCACUAUAUGAUGCAGACAGAGUGCAAGUGCAGUUUAAUCACGAACGUUGACCGUAACGGUGGUGUGCACCAAAAACGAGCUCUCUCGGUACAGCUUCCCCAGAAAGGAUGUCUGACGCAGAUCGGUGAGCUGCUGAAGUAGUGCGUGGAAUUCUUAAUCGCUCAAGUGGCGCGCAUUUUGCCAAAAAUAUGGCCCGAUCAACGUGGACGGUUGCGGUAGCGAUCGCGUUCUUGGUGGCAACCGUCGAGAGCUUCGGUUCGAGUCCGUCGAAAGAUAAUCUAACGAUCGGGAAUUAUGUAGAUUUCACACGAUUCUGGGGUAUUUGGUAUGGAGAGCCGAAACUGCGGAAGAGUUAUGACUUUGUGAUUGUCGGUGCCGGGCCGGCUGGAUCGGUGCUCGCUAGCCGUUUGACCGAAGAUCCCAAAGUGACCGUGCUGUUGCUGGAGUGUGGCAAAGGAGAGUUGCCUAUUUUCACUGAUGUUCCUCUGAGUGCACCCAAUCUGCAGGCAACGGAUUAUAAUUUCGCGUACGAAACCGAAGUUCAACGAAAUGCAUGUCAAGGACUAAGUGAUAGAAAGUGUAGUUGGCCGCAUGGAAGAGGCGUAGGAGGUUCUUCUAUAAUAAAUUAUAUGAUCUACACGAGAGGUAAUCGGAGGGACUACGAUGGAUGGGCCCAGGCAGGAAAUCCAGGCUGGAGUUGGGAUGAAAUCCUUCCGUAUCACAUAAAAGCGGAACGUGCCAACAUCAGAGACUUCGACGAUAAUGGAUUCCAUGGGAAGAGCGGACCGCUGUCUGUGGAAGAUUGUCCAUUCAGAUCGCGAAUUGCCCAUGCCUUUGUUCGCAGUGCACAGCAGGCAGGGUAUCGGUACUUGGACUACAACGCCGGAGAGCACAUAGGCGUGUCUUAUUUGCAGGCCAACACGGAGCAGGGAAGGCGGGUAACGAGCGGGACGGCUUAUCUGCCGCCAUCGGUGGCCAACCGUAAAAAUCUACACAUUUUUACCAAGGCUUGGGUCACUCGGCUGCUCAUUGAUCCAGAAACCAAAGAAACCAGAGGCGUUCGAUUCACUCGGAACAAGCAAUAUUUUUCCGUGAAGGCUCGUCGAGAAGUGAUCCUCUCGGCAGGCGCUUUUGAGUCAGCUAAGCUCAUGAUGUUAUCAGGAAUCGGACCGCGUGAUCAUCUGGAAAGUUUCGGAAUUCCAGUGGUGCAUGAUUCACCGGUAGGGGAAAUUCUGUACGAGCACCCAGGUGUUUUGGGUCCUGUGUAUCUAGUCAGAAAGCCAAUCGACAGCUACAUUCAGCUGGACGAUAACAUAAACCUCAGGAAUAUUAUCAAGCUGAUAGGCGGCCGAGGGGUGUUUACGACCAAUGCCGUUGAAAGUCUUAUGUACCUCAAAACACCUGUAGCGGAAAGUCCCGAUCCCGGUCUGCCGGAUGUGGAAAUCAUGCAAGCCUUCACAUCAGUUGAUUUCGAUUCGGGCCCAGGGACAGCUCUCGCAUUUCGCCUGACCAAUGAAACCUACGAUGGUUAUUACCGACCAAUCCGUAACAUCCGAUCUUUCCAGUACCUGCCGAUGCUGUUGAAACCUCGAACGCGUGGAAAGUUGCGCCUUCGGUCAAGGAAUCCGUUUGCCCAUCCCCGAUUCGAUUAUCAGUACUUCGAGGAUGAUCGUGACCUCGAAGCGCUGGUAUACGGUAUGAUGGAAGCAAUUCGCGUUACUUCCCAGCCAGCAUUUCAAGAGCUAGGUGUUGAACUCUACUCGCGCCAAGUGCCCGGCUGUGAGCAAUACGAGUUCAAUACGCGCGACUACUGGCGCUGCCAUGUACGCACCCUUACUGCCACUUUCCAUCAUCAGGUUGCAACGUGCAAAAUGGGCCCCGCCGCCGAUCCUGAAGCCGUCGUUGAUCCACGGUUACGCGUGUACGGCAUUUCAAGGCUCCGAGUAGUAGACAUUGGCAUAGUUCCAGGGCCACCGGCGGCGCACACUGCGGCGGUUAGUUUCGUCAUUGGCGAGAAAGCGGCAGAUUUGAUUAAGGAGGAUAUGGCACAAGGGAAGAUUGGAGUGCGCGUUGAGAAAGCUCGGUUGUCUGGGAACGGUAGGGAACUGAUUUCGGACUAUGACGCGGACAGCUUGUUUGGAUAUGAUUUUGGAUCUCAAUUUUAUGACAGUAUGUACAGCUCACCGUUUAGAUUCAGAAGAGAUGUUGGCAGUCAGAACGAAUCGUUAGUGCAAAAUCAUUCGAACAAUAAGAUAAAUGAGGGAAUUAUUGAUUUUGCGUCAGCAGUCCAAGAAAUAUCAUACCUUUUGGCCAACGGAUCAGAUUCUGGUUCGUAGCGUGAUACAAUACAUACCUCAUUUAUUAGACUGAUUCUAAAAAAAAGGAAAAAACCAUCAAGCAGUAAGAGAGUAAUUCUAACGCUUUAAUUGUUACAUGUAAGGUUUCAAAAUAAAACACAGAAAGGCCGUCCGCGUCCAUUAUUUUCAUAAGGGAUCAUAGGGACAAGGGGUAGAAAUUUAUUUCAGGAGUUUCAAACACAGUUUUGGAUUUUCGUGUAAGCAACUUUACCAUACGAGAGGAUAACCGAUUCAUGGACAACCUUAAUAAGUUGAAACAUUUUGUUUUCUUUGUGCCGAAAGAUUUACGUCCUUUUAACUUUUUCACACUUUUGGUCACUAACUGAUAAAGUUAAUUA